ACAUAUCAUUUGUAUUUCUUCUGUGAGAAUCGGAUCAAGCACAUGGAUAACCAUUUCACCACUCGUGUCAUAAAUUCUCUGGUUCUUGUAUGGUUGUGUUGUUUACUCGUGAAAUUGAACUCGGCUUCGAAUAUCACUCAAACUGUCAACUGCAUUGCUGCUGAGAGGAGAGCUCUUGUCGAUUUCAAACAAAGCUUAUCAGAUCCUUCAGGUAGGCUUUCUUCUUGGGUGGGUGACAAUUGUUGUCAAUGGUUUGGCAUAACUUGUGAUUUCGUCUCCAGAAAAGUUACAAAGAUUGAUCUGCGAAACUUAUUGGGCUUCACCAUUUUCCGUUCUCACAAUUAUGAUUAUGAUGAUCAAAAGAUAGAUUUCAAGAGUGCUCUACAAGGGUACAAAAAGACUUGUUUGGGAGGUGAUAUAAGUCAUUCUCUACUUGAGCUCGAACAUUUAAACUAUGUGGAUCUAAGUGUCAAUAAUUUUGAACGUGCUCCAAUUCCAUAUUUAUUUGGGAUGCUCAAAAGUCUGAAGUAUCUCAAUCUCUCUUUUGCAAAUUUUGGUGGAGUGAUUACACCCAAUCUUGGAAAUUUGUCAAAUUUGAAUUAUCUAGACCUUCGUGCAUAUAACUUACUAAUAAAUGAAGCAUCAAUGGCAGAUGAUUUGCAUGGUGGAAACUUGCAAUGGCUAUCAGGUCUAUCUUCUUUAAAGUAUCUUGAUAUUGGACGGGUAAAUUUAGAUAGUGUACAAGCAAAUUGGAUUCAUGUAGUCAAUAGGCUUUCUUCUUUGUCAGAAUUACACCUACGGGAUUGUGGUAUUUCAAGUUUCGAUGAUUCAAUUGGUUUUCUAAAUUUGACUUCCCUCAAAGUCCUUGAUCUAUCGUUCAAUUCAAUAAGUUCUUCGUUUUUGUGGCUAUCUAAUCUUACUAGCCUUACAAAACUUGAUAUAGGAUACAAUACUUUUCAAAGUACAAUUCCUCGGAAUUUUGUGAAAUUGAAAAAUCUUCAAUAUCUUGAUUUAAGUGGGACCAUAUUAGAUAAAGUUGGAGAUCACAUACCAAACUUUUUAUGAAAUCUUUGCCAAUUACAAUAUCUUCGUCUUGGUGGCAACUAUUUUAGUGGUAAACUUGAUGAGUUUUUUGGUAGUUCUUCAAAUUGUUCUCAGAAUAAUUUGGAAACCUUGGACUUCAGUAGCAAUAGAUUGAUCGGAGAGAUACCAAAUUCACUGGGCACCUUUGAGAACCUACGAGACCUUGAUCUUUCAUUUAAUAAAUUAUGGGGUUCGCUUCCAAAUUCGAUCGGUAACUUAUCAUUGUUACAGACAUUGGAUGUCUCAAAUAAUUUCUUGAAUGGCAUUAUACCUCUUGGACAACUCUCAGAAUUAAUUUGGUUUCAAAGUUAUGAAAAUUCAUGGAAAUCAGUUAUAACAGAAGUUGAAUUGACGCAUUUGACAAAGUUGGAAAGGUUGGAAAUAAGCCAGGGAGAGAUUCAACAAUUGGUUUUCAACAUUUCCCAUGGUUGGAUUCCUCCUUUCAGACUCAAGAAUCUUUAUUUAGAAAAUUGCUUUAUUGGUCCUCAAUUUCCAAUUUGGCUUCAAAAUCAAACUGGACUGAGUAACGUUGCUCUCUCUAAUGUUGGAAUUUCUGAUUUUAUACCACAUGGGUGGAUUUCUAAGAUGUCUUCUCACAUUAUUGGCUUGGAUUUGUCCAACAACUUGCUCAAAGGAAAGUUAUCUCACCUCUUCACACCCCAAGACGAUUCGGUCCCAUUUAGAUAUCCUAAACUAAAGGUCCUAUAUCUUCAAAACAAUUUAUUGUGGGGUCCUAUACCCUCAAAUAUUGGUGAUUUGAUGCCCCAUUUGAUAAAAUUGGAUUUGUCACAAAAUCAUCUGGUUGGCACGAUUCCAUCAAUCUCGUCCACUCAAAAAAUGAGAUAUCUUGAAGCUUUUUCUCUAUCAGACAAUCAACUUUCAGGGGAGCUCCUCGACUAUUGGGAUAAAUUGGAAGCAUUAUCUAUCAUUGAUUUGAGCAACAAUAAUCUAUAUGGGAAAAUUCCAAAGACAAUAGGUUUGUUGACAUCUCUGAAUAUAUUAAUAUUGAGGAACAACCAUUUCCAUGGAGAAAUUCCCAAAUCUUUGCAGAAUUGUUCAUCCCUUAGCAUGAUUGAUCUGAGUAGAAACAGACUAUAUGGAAGCCUUCCUUCAUGGAUAGGAGUAGUAAUGCCAGAGCUGCAGUUGAUAAAUCUACAAUCUAACCAUUUCAGCGGAACUAUUCCCACACAGUGGUGCAAUCUUUCUUUACUUCGUAUAUUAGAUCUCUCAAACAACAAUCUUUUGGGAGAAGUUCCAAGUUGUUUGUAUAAUUGGACAAAUUUCAUUUAUGACGACUACGCUAUGAGAUUUGACAACUAUGUGUAUUAUCGAGUUGGGCUCAGCUUCCAUGCAAAAAAACAACGUUGGUUGUGAAAGGAAGAGAGUUUGAAUACAGUAGCACACUCAAAUACGUUAUGACAAUAGACCUUUCAAGGAACAAAUUGAGUGGAGAAAUUCCAAAUGAGAUAACAAAGUUUGUGUAUUUGGGUACUCUAAACUUGUCCAACAAUCAUUUUGUUGGUACCAUUCCAAAGAAUAUUGGAGCCAUGCAGCAAUUAGAGACGCUUGAUCUCUCCUGCAACCAUCUCUCUGGAAACAUUCCUGCAAGUUUAAAUUCUCUACAUUUCUUGGAACAUUUGAACCUGUCAUUCAAUAAUUUGACGGGCAGCAUACCAAGGGGCAAUCAACUUCAAACACUGGAAGACCCCUCCAUUUAUGAAGGCAAUCCUUUUCUAUGUGGAUCUCUUCUCCAUGCCAAGUGCCCAUGGGAUGCAAAUGGCCUUGUUCCUGUAAUUUCUACAAGUGAAGAAGAUGGAGAGAAGAAUGAGUCGGAAAUAAUAAUGUUUGGGUUUUAUAUUAGUAUGGCAAUUGGUUUUCCUGUUGGUCUCAACGUCCUGUUUUUUGCCAUUUUCACUAGCCGAAGGAGGAGAAUAUGCUACUUUUGUCUUGUGGAUCGUGUGAGUUGCGUUAUAUUGGAAAAGAUUGGUUUUUUUCCUACUCCUGUGAGAAGAAUGAGACGAAGAAGAAGCUAUUAAGGCUGUGGCUCGGCUCCACUUGCUUGGCCAAUGAAUCAAAAACGCCCUUGGCCUUUUGCUGGAAGCCAAAAUCCUUGUGCAACAAUUUCUUUCCACUACCUUCCAGAAUUCGAGCAUAUAAAACCACACCGCCAACGGAAUAACAGAUUUCGAAAAAUCCAAUCAAAUUUUCAAAGUGAGGAGGAGAAAUCAUGGCGACGGAGAGUUCUACGCAGGCCUACGGCGAGCCCUGCUACUGGGACAAUCGCUACUCCAACGAAUCUGGCCCCUUCGAUUGGUACCAGAAGUAUCACUCCUUGGCGCCAUUGAUCAAUCUCUACGUCUCCCACCAUCAUCGCAUCCUCGCCAUCGGAUGCGGCAACUCAGCAUUUAGCGAAGGCAUGGUCGACGAUGGUUAUCAGGAUGUUGUCAAUAUCGAUAUAUCCUCUGUUGUGAUCGAAGCAAUGCAGAGGAAAUAUUGUGAUCGUCCGCAGAUGAAAUAUAUGAAAAUGGAUGUUCGUGAUAUGAGUACAUUUGAAACAUGUUCUUUCGACACCGUUCUUGACAAAGGGACCCUAGACUCUCUAUUGUGUGGAAAUAAUUCGCGACAAAAUGCUACUAAGAUGCUUGAAGAAGUUUGGAGGGUCCUCAAGGAAAAUGGAGUAUAUAUUUUGGUUACAUAUGGAGCUCCCACAUAUAGACUAAGUCUAUUGAGGCGUACUUUCCCAUUGAUAAAACUUCAUGUCAUAGAGAAACUUGUUUCAGAGAGAAGGACUGACCCUCCAAGAUGGGAUCUGUUGAGUCCUGUUCCAUUUGACGACAAUGCAACCUCGCUAGAAACCGUGCUUGGGCAGAAUCCCGAUGUCCACUUUAUAUACGUCUGUACUAAGGAUAGUUCUUUGAAGCCAGACCAAAAGCAUGAUGUUGCUGUUGAGUGAGAAGAGGACCCGAUAAAGCCAGUGUUCUCCUUAAAUCGAAACGUAGGACUUCAUCGCAAUUUUUUUGUGUCCUGUAACAUGAUUUUUCAGGUUGUAGUUAUAUUGAGGUGUUGUCGGUUGUCACUUGUUAGUUGGCUAAACUGUUUCUCACUGCAUUUUAUCAGAACUUCUCUCUGGAGCCAACCUGCCUUCACUUCCUUCAUGACUUUGUAUUUUACAUCAUUAGUACACUUCAGAUUUGGUUCAACAAAAUCCUAAAGGAAUAUUCGUGUUUGGAUUUGUGGAAAUAUAUGAGAUGUAGAAACUUAGACUCGUGUAAUUUA